GCUUUUCUUAUCCAUGCAAGGUUAAAAGGUUAUCUCUGAACACUUAUUCUUGUUCCCGACAACCUGUUGACCUGGUCGUUAUACGUCAUGAUUAGCCUUUGUUUAGUGCUCUUUUUUACUGGUACUUUAGCUGCUCCCACUACCCAUACCCAGUCACCAUUACAACAUUUCAAAAGCAUCGUAAGACGGCAGGUCACAGCGUUAUGGCCCACAGUGGACACAGAUGGCGACGGCCAUUUUGAAGUUAACGACAUGCAUCAUAUCCUUGGAGACUACGAUGCCGACCAUGACCAAAAAGUAUCCGAACAGGAAUUCAUCGCCAGGUUUGCACAUAACGAACCAGAUCUCAAUGUUAUUGCACAGGGCUUGUUCUUCGAAUUUGACAUGAAUAGAGACGGUUUCAUUACUGUGUCAGAUUUAGAUCUAUACUACCAGAAAAUUGAUACCAAUGACAAUGGGCAUGUAGAAAAGGAAGAAUUCGUACAUUAUUUCACAGAGAUCUUUACUAUUCUGUACGUCAUACAGCUUAACCAGACCACGACCCCCUCCUCAGCGGCAGCACCCGGGGGUCGCUAAAUAUAGACAGGAGCACCCGGUUGUCGCUAGAAAUGGAGAGUAACAGAUGCAUUUAUAUGUUAUGAUUCUUUGUUCUAUAUUGUACAUACAAAAUAAAGCAAUCAUAUGAAA